UCUCGCUUCUUAUUCAUAUAAAACCAAAAACCCCUUCAGAGUUAGAAAACCCUAACGAACGCAGAGCACUACAGUUCAGCAGCUGCCGCCACUACUUCUCAAUCUCAUAUCUGUGCAAAGGGUUUCAACUCAAUCGACAAUAUGCAGAACGAGGAGGGACAAAUCACUGAGCUUUACAUUCCCAGGAAAUGCUCGGCCACAAACAGGCUGAUCACUUCAAAGGACCACGCGUCCGUUCAGAUUAACAUUGGGCAUCUGGACGAGAAUGGCAUCUACACUGGCCAGUUCUCCACUUUCGCCCUCUGUGGCUAUGUCCGCGCUCAGGGAGAGGCUGACAGUGGUCUGGACCGUCUCUGGCAGAAGAAGAAAUCUGAAGUUAAACAGUAGAAAGAGAUGAUUUUUCUUAUGUGGUUUCUUUUCUGGACGUCUGUUAUUGACAAUGAAAGUGUUGUUUUAGUGAACCAAAAUAUAUGAUGUCGAGCGUUUUUCUUUUCCAAUUAGUAUUGAAUGUUGCAACUAGCUCCCAACUUUUUGGUGUUCUUGAAUUGGGCUGUUCUUUUGACGGCGAAGUAGUGAAACUUUUACUCCUUGGAGUAUUUUAGAUAUA